AUGAGUAAUACGAAUGCUACCACCAGAACGACUGUUGCUAAUAAUGCUGCCAAUAAUGCGACUAGGACCGUAAUUAAUCGCACGGCGGAAAACUCGGUAAAUUCAUUUUCUUUCGUGCCAGCACAUUACGCCGUCUCUGAAACGAAUUCUCUAUUACAACGUGCAUGGAUGCCAAAUAACAGUAAUGCCAACAUUCAAACGCAAAACGAGAUGUUUUUUACGGAAGGUACAGUUUUCCAAGAGUCUGGCCAUGGAAUAGAUUGCACUUUCCAUCAUGUCGGCAUUGUGCCAAAUAUCAGAGACAAUCCAUGA